AUGCCCAAGAAUAACCGUAGACGAAUUUACGUUGGCCGUUUAGACCGCCGCACACAUGCUCGCGAUUUGGAAGAUGCUUUUAGGCGCUACGGUAGAAUUCGAGACGUUGAGUUGAAGCGCGACUAUGCAUUCAUUGUAGGUGUAGAUCAUAGGAGUUUUAUGAAUCUCGAGAUGCUGAAGAUGCCGUGAGGGAUAUGGACGGCAGACGAUUUGAUGGUUCUCGUAUUAUCGUAGAGUUCGCUGGAUCAGGCAGAGGAGACCGAGCACAAGCUAACGAUGGUACCUGCUUUAAUUGCGGACAAUCUGGCCAUUGGUAAUUUAUAAGUAGGGCAAAUAAUUGCAAAGAAGGAGACUGAAAAAGAUAUGCUCAUUUAGCAAAAUAAAAUUUUGCUAUUAUGGGCUGCAUAGCACUGGCUAGCUAUUGGCUCGGUCUACUCCUGGCAUCUCUCAAGAGUAAGGGGAUGGAGUUACUUAAAUGAGACCGGAAAUCCGACCCCCACCGACUCGCCCUUAUGGGCGAGUGACAUCUCUCAAGAGAUUUAAGGUUUUUUACUCAAGAAAAUUCAUUUUAAAAAAAUCUACUCGGUAGCAUAUAUAUAGUUUUGACAUUCAUUGAGUUAGUUUUUAAAAAAAUAAUUGGAAACCAAAUCUCCCGACUUACAUCAGAGAAUAGCAAGCCAAUCGCGUGCUCAUACAAUAAUAUCGUUAAAUGAUAAAAAAUUCAUUACAGAUGGGGAUAAAUGUUAUAGAUGUGGGAAAAAAGGACAUAUGAAAAGAGAGUGCACUGCUUCAAGAUCGAGGUCAAGGGAACGAAAUGUAGAGAGAAAAGAAGGAAAGGAAAGAAAUAGAGGAGAUUCUGAAGAAAACUCAAGACAGAGUAGAGAAAGAGAAAAUGCUGAAGAAAAAUUAGAGGAAGGUAGUGAGUCGCCAGCAAUGGAGGAAUAUGGGACUUAA